UUAACGUUGGUAGCUUUCAACGUAUUCAUUUUGUGUUGUUUUUGCGUAAAACGUCAAAUUGGUGUGUUCUUGUUGGAAUAAUUGGAAUAAAUCGUAAUUAACGGUGUGAUAAAUAAUCGAGGAAUCAUUUCUACAAAUCAUUCCAGCGUAACAGACAAAUUGAGUUGCUUUAGUCAUGCCAUUACAUAGAUAUACUCAUGCUAUUUUAUGUAGAAUCCCUCUUUCUCUGCGAACGAGAGGGGAGGUCACGCUUGACGAGGCUAGAAAGCAACAUUUAGCUUUAGCGCAAUUAUUACGAGAACUUGAUAUUGACGUGGUUGAAAUGCCUCCAGACGAAAAUUCACCUCUAUGUGUUUUCGUUGAGGAUAUUGCGGUUGUUUGCAAUGGUAUUGCACUCAUCGCUCGACCAACCGAACCAUCUCGUUUAAAAGAGAUUGAUACUAUUAGAGCUGUUUUAAAAAAAGAAUUAGAAAUACCUUUAAUAGAAAUUGCAGACAAGAAUGCUCGUUUAGAUGGAGGAGAUGUUUUAUUCACAGGCCGUGAAUUUUUUGUUGGCUUGUCACAUUUUACAAACGAAGCAGGAGCACGUGCAGUUGCUGCAGCAUUUCCUGAAUAUCCUUGUGUACCUAUAAAGGUGGGUGAUGGUGGCGAAGAGGUGAUAGUGGAGAGUCUUACCUCAGCCCCUCUUCAGGUUGCAGAAUCCAAACGCUUGAAAUCAUUAGUUACCAUGGCUGGCCCUGAUGUUAUUUGUGUUGGUGCUGGCAAAGAAUGUCAGGAAGUGUUAAAAAGGAUUGAACGAGAAGCAACAUACAGUUACCAGACUUUAACAGUACCUGAAGAUGCUGCUGCAAAUGUUCUGUAUGUCAAUGGAACUCUCAUUCAUCGGUCAGAGGAUGAAAUUCCACAAUCAACGGCUUGCAAAAGAGAAGUAGUACCGUCUUGAAAAUUGGCGCCAUCAACCACAGAAUAAAACGCUUUUAUUUUAUUCGCUCUAAACCACGAAGUACAUUUCGCUAUCAUGUUAUUUCGUGUUUUGUACGAUAUUGAUGUCUAAGAGAUACGUAUAUGUAAAGGAUUAAUGAAAUUUAUGAAACAGUAUGUGAACAUUUCUUCGUUAAUAAAUUGUAAUUAUUAAUUA